CUCCAAAAACAGAGACUGUCUGUGACUGAGAGCGAGGAAGAAGAAGAAGAGGAGAGAGAAAGUUAGAGAGAGAGAGAGAGAGAGUUAAACGAAGGCAAUCUAAUAGUUUUUCUUUUUUUCCUUUUCUAUUUUCGGGGGAGUGAGAGGAGUGUUUGUUUCUCGAGUAAAUUCUCUCUCCUCUCUCUCUCUCUCUCUACUUUCUCCUUUUUAAGGCACUUCCAUUUGAUCAGAACCUCUCAUUCCCCUGCACAGAGCACCAUAUUCUAGAACAAUCCUAGAUUACUGUACAAUCAGCCAUUCGCUGCUUCACUCUUUCUCUCUAGACUGUGUAAUCCAUCGUCCGUACAAUGGAGCGGUACGGUCGGAGUACGACGGAAGGUUCUCCGUCCGAUCCGCCGCCGGAGUGGACCGCCACCGGCGCCGAGCCAGGGCUCGAAGAGUCCGUUUGGCAGCUCGGCUUGGGUGGCGACGAGCCCUACCCGGAGAGACCCGACGAGGCCGAUUGCAUCUUCUACUUGAGGACUGGGUAUUGUGGCUACGGCUCUCGGUGUCGGUUCAACCAUCCUCGCGACCGCGGCGCGGCUAUGGGAGCUGCUAGAGCUGGUGGUGGUGAGUAUCCAGAGCGAGUUGGUCAGCCUGUAUGCCAGUACUAUAUGAGGACAGGGACAUGCAAAUUUGGUGCGUCUUGUAAGUACCAUCAUCCUAGGCAGGGAGGAGGUUCUGUUGCCCCUGUUUCAUUAAAUUAUUAUGGAUAUCCGUUACGACAGGUAUUUAAAGAGUGUUCCUACUAUGUGAAGACUGGACAGUGCAAGUUUGGUGCAUCAUGUAAAUUUCAUCAUCCGCAGCUGGCUGGCAUACAAAUUCCAGUCCAAUCACCUGCAGCUCCGGUUCCACCUGUGCCAGCGCCAGUUCCACCACCAGCAUUGUAUCCGCCGAUGCAGUCUCCAUCCGGUUCCUCAUCACAACAGUAUGGAGUAGUCGUUGCAAGGCCUCCUUUGGUGCAAGGCUCAUAUGUCCAAGGCCCUUAUGGUCCCAUGCUGAUUUCCCCCGGCAUGGUACCAUUUCCAAGUUGGGGCGGUCCUUACAUGGCGCCUGUAAGCCCCUUACCCUCUCCUAGCAAUCAACACCCUCUUGGUUCAGGGACAGUUUAUGGGGUUACUCAACUGUCGCCUUCAGCACCUGCAUAUACUGGACAGUAUCAACCUAUGCCUUCUCCUUCUGGUCCUUCAAUCAGCAGCCAGAAGGAAAACCCGUUUCCCGACAGACCUGGACAACCAGAAUGCCAGUAUUUCAUGAGAACAGGGGAUUGUAAAUUUGGAUCCUCAUGUAGAUACCAUCAUCCAUAUGAUGUUACUGCACCGAAAACAACUGUCGUUCUUAGCCCUGCUGGUCUUCCAAUUCGUCAAGAUGCUCCACUUUGCACUCACUACGCACAACAAGGAGUAUGCAAGUUUGGGGCUGCAUGCAAAUUCAACCAUCCAAUGGGAACAUUAAGUUAUAGUCCAUCGGCAUCUUCUCUUUCCGAUAUGCCAGUCGCGCCCUACCCAGUUGGAUCCUCUGUUGGUACACUAGCUCCAUCAUCCUCAUCGUCAGACUUGCGUCCUGAACUGUAUGUGGCAUCCAUUAAGGACACCACUUCAUCAGCCAGAAUGUCAUCCACAAUGAGCACCUCCAGUGGAUCAGUUGGUUCAACAUUCUCAAAGGGCGGUUCAGUCUCCCAUUCAAGUCUCCAACAGUCUGCUCAGAACGCUGGCACUUCAGCUGGUGGCAAUAGCAGCACCAGCACAGAGUCUCGAACUUCAAGCUAAGCGACACCAAGCAAUUUCUCAUUCUCCUUUUUCAUCAAAUUUCUCCAACCAAAGCAUCAUUUUUUUUUUUUGGGUGCAAGCCCUUAAACAGAGGCUUCAUAUCUCACUUAUCACGGUUUCACAAUUUAAGUCCUAGCAUACAAUCCAGCCCUGUGUUCAUAUAAAUCUUUAUAUUUGGCCAUUCCUUUCUUUUAUCUUGAAUAACCAAUGGCCAACCCAUCGAAAAGUUUAGCAAACCCCAUAUAGCCUCCCAAAAUUGCUCAUGAAUAACCAUGAAAAUCUUGCAGUUCUGUUAGGCAAAUCUGCAUCCAGUUCUCCACUUUAAGAGUUUGUUGUGUUCAUUAUGCUCCUGUCUCUUUCAAAAAUGAAAGACCAAUUCCACGGUUCUCUUCCUUUUACACUGACCGUGUUUUCAUAUCUAUCCUUUUCGAUUUUUCCUUCAAUCCAGAGCAAGCUUCCAAUUCAACUUAGGGAUUUGAAGUUCUUGUUUUCACAGUUUUUUUUUUUUUUUUUUUUUUGGGGUCCAAGGUCCAUUCUGAAAAAAAAAAAAAUGAAAAAUGAAAAGAAAAACAGAAGUAAUUCAGAGACCACAAGGAGGCAUUAAAAAAAAUGCUACUUUAUAUGUGAUUAGAUACAUGGUAUGUUGUGGCAACUGAAAUGCUUGACCUGUUUAUUGAUAAUUUUAUUAUGAAAUACAAAAUAUAUUAAGAAGUCUUGACUG